UCACAAGACUGGAGCUGAAACAGAACUGUGUUGUUCGGUAGCGAUCGCGGACUGCGCCUUUUACAAAACCUCAAGACGUUUGUGCAAGCAAGCAAGCGCGCACACACACACACACACACAGAGCGUGCACUUGAACAGUCCUUGGUAGCUCUUUUCCCCCCUGUGUGUGUCCGGUUUUUUAGUAAAUGCUCGUUGUGUGUGAAAGUCUAUCUCCUCUUGAGUAAUACAGGAGUGAGGUCAGCAUAGCAUGACUCAACCUUGGCUGUGCAUGCAGUCAUUUCUGGGCUGUUGCUCGGCGCAUGGACACUCGGGAGUUUGUCUCUGUCCGAUCCCUGAGCAAAACGGUUGUCACCCAUGAACACACAACAGAAGUCAAGUUCCAGGAGUUUUAAAUUGCCUUGAUACACACUAGGCGUAGAAGACGACUUGGUGCAAAGGAAAGCAGUAGACAUGUUUGAGGGUCUGUCAGUUGACACUGUGAUUUCUGCUAAUGGGAUGCUGCAGUUUUACAUUUUAAAGCUGACUUCCAUUCCAACUAUGCUUAGCAGAUUUGGAUGACCACAGACUCUUUAAAACUUCAAGCUACAUUUGGGAAUAAAGGGGGACGUAGAAGAUUAAUCCCAUUGGCGAGAGCUUGGUGUGGUUUGGAGGUUUGAACUCUUCUUUACCCCGUCACGAGCUCACUCCAGCCCUCUCUUACCAUCCUUAUUCAUGAUAGUCAUGAGUUUGCCAGCUCAACAGAAAGCCAACACAAAGAGGACAGGCAAGCGCAUCACUUUCUUUAACGAUCAGGGUGUUGCAAUGAAAGAAGCUUCUCAGCGCACUGAGGGCUCCUACUACGGCAUGGGGGCCCCUCCCUCAGAGUCAGGCCACAAUGAGGCUGCUGGUGUGGAAAGCUCCACUGCUGAUGGACCACAUAUGUUUCUCAAUUCUGUCAUUUUCAGCCCAGAUAAGGGCAGCCAGAACCGAGGUCAUUACCAACAGACUAUGACAAUGAAGUGGCCACACCAGGACCUAUCGCAGCCAACUCAACAGAGACAUACAGCCUGGCCUCAGGGUGUCACAACGACAACUUGGGCUCAGAACUAUCCUCCAUACCUGGGACCGCAGACUGGUUUUGUAAAGCAGGUACCUGAAGGCAUUACAAUACCACAGCAGCAAUCGGCCGCUGUUAGGAUAGCGGAAAAGCAACAACAGGCACCCAACACAGGUGGUGAAGCCUUUAGGGAUGCUUCUAAAGCUAGUAGUGGUCUGGACUGGGAGCAGCAGCAACAAACUUUUCAGCAGGGUCACAGACCUGCACUUUUCAAUCCCCAGCAGAAUGUGAUGUCCAACACUGGGAACACAUCAGUGCUUCAGCCCUUUCGGUUAGCUUUCGGGCAGCCUAGGCAAAACUUGGCAGCAGGCUAUUAUCAGGUAUUCCAUGGUAACAGAACCUUGCAAAAUGUGAAUUUUGUGAACAGCACCCAAACAAAUUCCCAAAAUAGAAUGCAGCAGCAACUUCAGCAGCAGCAACUUCAACAACAACAACAGCAACUUCAACAACAGCAGCAGCAGCAGCAGCAAAUUCAGCAGCAGCAGCAAAUUCAGCAGCAGCAAAUCCAGAGAAUGAUCCGCCAUAAUCAGCAAACACAGCAGCUAGUACACCAACAAAUACUUCAGCCUCAACAACAGUCGCAACAACUUGCUCAAUCACAACAGGCACAGCCACAACAGCAAGCACAGCAUUUAAACCAGAUCCAGCAGCAGUCGAUACAAAUGCCACAACAGAUACAAAUACCACAGCAAGCACAGCCGCCACUACAACAGCAAUUACAGCAACAUUUGCAAAAAUCUCACCAGCAACAAGUGCAACAGCCCCAAUCAGUAAAUCAGCAAAAAGCCGAACAACUACAAAAGCUGCAAGAGAAUCAACAAAUAGUGGAAUAUUCCUCUGCUGGCAAACAACCUCAGUCGCUUUCCCAACUCGAGCAAUCAACAGGGCAAUCCCAGGACACACCUGAAUCAACACAGCCCCAGAAUAAUGUUCCUCAGUGCCCUGCUGUCCUUCCUCAGGCAUCUACUGAGACACAACAACCUGGACCACGGCGGUCUCGGCGCCUCUCCAAAGAGGGUGGUGGACAGGCGACAGAAAAUCCCAUCCUUGUGCCCGUUGAGCAUCAGACUCAGGGCUCUCAUAAUGGAGCCACUGAAGCAAGCGAUGCUGGUGCCAAGCAGCCCAUCCGAGCUGCUCCUACAGGGGUCAUCCAGAGCACACGGCGAAAAAGGAGGGUGUCCCAAGAGGCCAACCUGGAGACAUUGGCUCAGAAGGCCUCUGAAAUGGAGUCUUUACCUUCACACCCAGUCAAGGAGUCUCACAAGUCCUGGAGCCCCCCAGCAUCAGGCCCUGGUCGAGGGGUUGGAGAGAUGGAGGGUUUGAGUGCCAAACGUGUGCGAGAUGAGAGCCUGGUGCCUCUGGUGAUCCCAGUGUCUGUUCCUGUACGGCGGGCAGACCCAGCUUUUUUGGACCAGGAACAAACCUCUCUGUCAUCCAGCUGGCCCCAGAGGCAUAGUGACCCAAACCGGACUGACCACAAACCCUCGGUCAUUGUGACACGCCGCCGCUCGCUCCGCAACUCUCUGUCUGAGAGCUCGAGCCAGAAUGGCGGAACUGAGCUCGUUGGCGACGUAGAUGGCAAAACGGCCAAGGCAAAACGGCGUCCUCGGCCAGAACCGCUCUUCAUCCCUCCACCCAAAGCGAGCACGCUGAUUGCGCCACCUAUGUACUCUAGCAUCACGCCCUACCAGAGCCACCUUCGCUCGCCAGUAAGGCUGGCUGAUAACCCGCUCACACUGCCCCCUUACACCCCUCCACCCAUCCUCAGUCCUGUGAGAGAGGGCUCGGGCCUUUAUUUCUCGACCAUCCUCUCUGCUGCUGCGGCUGUCGCAGGAACGCAGGGCUUACCGCCACCUGCUACGCCCAAGUCAGCUACUCGUAGCCUCCUCCGCUCUAACAGCACUGAGAUUACUCCUCCGGUGUUGUCUGCUAUGAGCGAGGCUACUCCUGUCAGUGUUGAGCCGCGGAUAAACAUUGGGCAGAGAUAUCAGGCGGAGGUACCCGAGCUGAAGGAGCGCUCUGCUGCACAGCUCGACCCACACAAGGCUGAGUUGGUGUGGGCGCCACUGCCUGAGCUGGAGUCCAAAGGCCAGCAGCAGGAGAGAGUGAAUGACCUCAUGCACCUGGCCUGCUCCAGUGCACUAUGUGGAGGAGGGACCAAUCAGGAGCUGGCCAUGCACUGUCUCCAGGAGUGUAAGGGUGAUAUCAUGGGAGCUCUCGCCCUCCUUCUGUUGAAAAACCCCAUCUUUCCCAAAUCUCAUCCUCUGGCAGAUUACCACUAUUCCGGCUCAGACAGCUGGACACCUGAAGAGCGACGCCUCUUCAACAAGGGCAUCUCUACCUACAAGAAGGACUUCAUCAUGGUGCAGAAAAUGGUAAACUCCAAGACAGUGGCUCAGUGUGUGGAGUUCUACUACACCUAUAAGAAGCAGGUGAAGAUCGGCAGGAAUGGCACACUCCUCUACGGAGAAGCAGAGCUUCCUGAAACACGGCCUACAGAGGAGGAGGUGGACUAUAAAGGUUCACAGAGAUUUGAUUUGCGAAAGGAAGAGGAAGAGGACAGGAAGUGGGAGGUAUCAGGGGACAGGAAGCGAGAGAGCAGCCUUGAAAGGGUGACACAAUCUCUACAGGCCAGUGAAAGUACCGGUGCGGUACUGGCCUUAAGGAAUCAAGAGGAUGGAAGACGGGACCAUCCAGCGGUUGCAGUUAGCCACGCCCCCACAGUGCCUCCGAAACCUCGGACAGAAAGCACGGCGAGGAAGAGCGGGGUCGUGACAAAGGGCUCUACAGGACAAGAGGGAGAAUUUCCCUGCAAGAAAUGCGGAAGGAUAUUCUAUAAGGUGAAAAGCCGGAGCGCUCACAUGAAGAGCCAUGCCGAGCAAGAGAAGAAAGCAGCGGCUCUCAGGCAACGGGAAGCUGAGGAGCGCGCAGCUGCAGCAGCCUUAAUGGCUGCUCAGCAGAACGGAUCUCGAGGGGAGCAAGCAGCAAUGCGGCGAGCCAGCAGCGAGGACUCCUCAGAAGAGGAAGACUCAUCAGACGAUGAAGACUGGCACUAGCAAAGACUCUGUUUUUCUGCAUGGUGGAGCUCGCUUCCCCAACAUGACCUGAUGCACUGGUCUGUGUGGGGAUGAAUAACCGGGAGAGGGAAAAUGAACGCCUUCAGGGACUAACUUACUCCCUUAAUGCAUGUGUGUGCGAGUGGCAAAGAGAAGCAUUCAGGGUUUCUCGUUCAGACAAAGGGCUAUAGGGAGUGCAAGCCAAGGGUGUGUGUGUGCGUGUACAUGUGCCAGAGAGUUAGUGUCAAAGAGAAACAUUCAGAGUUUCUCAUCCAGACAUAGGGCUAUAGGGAGUACAAGCCAAGAGGGUGUGUGUAGAGUGAUCACACACCCCUUACACACACCGGUCAGGGUGAAGCCCAGGAGUUCCACCUGCUUAGCUCCCCAGCACAGACUCGCUUCACCCCUUUAUUAUCUGCCGUGACUCGGGCCGCCAUGCGUUCAGUGCUCUGGACACUGCAGGACAUACAAACAGGAGGAUGGAUGUUAAUGUUACUCUUGAUACCUGCAGUUUAUUUUUUUUCUCUCUUGAUUUUUCUAAAUGAAAGCUGUUAGUGUGACUCUUACGGUUGACUGCCAAAAGCUUGCACAGCUGUACUUGUGCACCUGUUUUUUUUUUUUUUUUUAGUUUGGUCCUUUUUUUGUAGUGCUGUGGCUUUGGUGGUUUUUUUUUUUUUUUUUGGUUACGUUUACUUCUGGCCACCUUGCUGAUGCCUUGGAUGUUUUUGACACUUAAUCAUGACAUGACAAUCAAUUUUACAAAGGUUCUUUCUUUUUUAUAUAUAUCCAACAAAGUAUCAUUUGUUUUUAUAUAUUCAUUAUUAUUAUUAUUGUUAUAAUUGUUCUCUUUAGUGUUGUCAUUGUACUGUUUUUGGGAAAGGUAACUGUUUUUUUUUAAAUUUUGAAGUUCUUUUUAUCAUUUAGCUGUUAGUUUUAUUUAAUACUUUUGCUACCUGUGUUUUUGCGGAUUGUAAAGCUUCUCUAAGGUGUCAGACAGGAAAAGAAAGAAACCGAGGGUGAAAGUGCAAUAGAACAAUUUGAAAUCUUGAUGCAAAUGUGCUGCCACUCCUCCUUCUCCUCCCUCUCCUCCCGUCUCCAUUCCCUGUCCAACUUCAGCAUAAUCUGAACUUGAACUGAACCCUAAUGCAGCCUCUGAAACUGAACAAGAUCAUUUGAAAAUAUUUAUUUAAUGUUAUUUUUGGGGAAAAUGAGAACAAAUGUAUUUGAGUGGCUAAAGAAUGAAGCGUAAUGUGGUUGUCAGUUUCUAGCGCCAUGGCAACAGAGGCUGCUGAACUACCGCCACCCCACCUCGAAGAACAGCCACGGUGUGAAGAUCUCAGCUGAGAGUAACAGCUCCAAUUACUGCUCAUCACACUUUAGUCUGCUAUGCACUCGUGUGUGUGUGUGUGUGUGUGUGUGUGUGUGUGUGUGUUCCCUGUCCCUGUGGGUGGAUGUAGAAGUGUGUUUUUGUACACACGUGUAUGUAUGUGUGGAUGUGUUUGGGUGUUAACACCAAUAAUAAAAACUGUUUCAAACUCAGAGCCAA